UAUAAAAAGGGAGUGGACGUCGUAUCAACUCAUAUUUUUUUUUUAUCUGGUUUGAGUUACUCAUUAACCAUGCUACCAUUCAUUUUCUUAGUGGUCGGCGUUCUUGCACAACAGACGUUUGCUGAGGAACCCGAGAAGAUCGUCGGUGGCCAAGAUGCCGCACCAGGCGAAUUUCCGCAUCAAGGUUCCUUGAGAUUGCGAGGCUCACACAUUUGUGGCUGCUCCAUCAUCGGCCCGAAGACAAUCUUGACUGCCGCUCAUUGCGUGGAUGGUAUCGCAGAAUAUCCUUAUAGUAACUUCAAGGUUGUGACCGGCACCAUCGAUAGAUAUACGGGAGGAGAGACCCACGAUGUGAAGAGCGUUCACGUGCAUCCGUAUUAUUCCGACAGAGUGGAAGAUGCUUGGGUGAAUGAUGUUGCAGUGAUCACGCUCAAAUCGGCGAUUAAGUACAACCAGUAUCAAAAACCGAUUGCCCUGGCCAAGACCCGACCCGCUGACGGAACCCAAUGUCAAUUGUCCGGAUGGGGUCAGAUCAGCACGAACGGACCGCUUCCGCGCAUUCUCCAAAAGAUGUUCCAGGUCAUAUACAAUCAGGAAAAAUGCAAGCAACGUCAUAAUAUGCCUUUAACUGGCAGUCACGUGUGCGCGUAUAACCGCUACGGAAUUGGCGCUUGUUCCGGUGACAGCGGUGGUCCGCUCAUCUGCGGUGGCGUACAGUGCGGUAUUACUUCCUGGGUUCUUCCUUGCGCAAAGGGUGAGCCUGAUGCCUACACCAGUGUCGCUUAUCAUUACGACUUUAUUGAACAAUAUUUAGAAUAAAUCUAUUUGAUGGUAUUGUCAAUGGAAACAAUGGAUGUCAACGCGUCGAAAGAAUACGAUGCGUUGGUUACGUUUUUGAAAAAGAAGAAUAUACUUCUGUACUUAUAAUAUAAAUAAAUAAAUAAAACAGUUUUAGUUACAUCUAA